AUGGGUCAGAUCUACAGCAAAGCCCAGAAGGUCUUGUUGUGCAUUGGACCUGACCAUAAAAACAAUGCCCAAAACGCAACUGCACUUGCGAAUGACGUCAGUACCAUGAUUCUCGAGACUUUCGAGACCGUUGGUUACUCUCCUGCAAGCUUCCCCUACCCUGAAGGUGACGGAAUGCUUGGAACGGACCCAAGAUGGAGUUCUUUUGCGACCAUGCUUGAGACUUCGUGGUUCCGGCGUGGAUGGGUUGUUCAAGAGUCAGGGUUGGCGAAACACGCUGUCAUUCUGUGGGGUGAUUGGCAGAUUCCUUGGGAUUCAUUCAUGAGAACAUGGUUUCUGGCUGAUCGGCUGAAUGUUUUCACAUUUCCUAGCAAUUCUCUGCUGCCCACGUUUGAUAAGAUACGGAAAGCUCUCAACAUCAUACACAGGGACGUCUUCCUGGCAACACAUCGACAAGAGAGUGUAGCUUGGUACCCCACUUCCAGUCUCGCUCUGACCACCAAUCAUCUGGAGAUCAUGAGAGAUAGCCAUGAUCUACUACUCGCUGAUCAAAGAGACCGAGUCUACGCAUUUCAUGCCCUGGCACAAAGAAUUACACCAUCCACAUUUCAAUCUUACACCCCCAACUAUGAACUCAGUAUAAACGACACAUAUCUCGAUUUCGCGCGGAACUAUCCCCUGGACAAGUCAGAUCUCACACUCCUGAACUACGUUCAUCAUGAUGCAGACUCAAUCACCGAUGAACUACCUUCAUGGUGCCCUAGGUGGGAUUUGAAUCUGUUCGACGCCUACAUAUCAACUCCGUCGAGCGCUAUCAUUCAAACCUCCACGACCCCGUCUGGUUCAGUCAAUAUUCUUCCCGCAGAUAUACUACAAGUCCGUGGUGUGAUUAUCGACUCUAUCGCAGCGACAUCGACGUGGCUCUCGAGAGAAGGAACUAUUGACGACAUCAGCCUGCUUUGGCAAAGCUGUAGGACAAAUUGGGGCUCGUCCAUGUACCCUGCAGGCGGGAAUAUCGUGGCAUUUCUGGAUUGCCUGACGAUCGGGCAUGUGCGUGGCGAAAUAGAUGCCUGGUACGGAAACUACGCCCAUUAUCUGUAUCAGCUAUUUGUCCGAAGUAAGGAACCUGACAUUCCCAAAGACCUGGUGUCUUUAGUGAACGACAUAUAG